UACCGUAGUUAAUAUUGACCCAACCAUGGUUAAAAUAAAGCAGUUUAUAACACAGAAACACACUUCUCUCAUCUCUAGACUCACUCACAACAAAAAUGAUGAUCGGAGAAAAUAAUAACCGGCCACAUCCAACGAUCCAUAUCCCUCAAUGGGAUCAAAUCAACGAUCCAACGGUCACAAUCUCUUCACCAUUCUCUUCCGUCAACAUUAACGGCGUUAACGACUACCCACACUCUCCGUCACCGUACUUCGAAUCCUUCGCUUCUCUCUUCCGUUACCUCCCGUCAAACGAGUUAACAAACGAUUCCGACUCAUCAAGCGGAGACGAGUCAUCAUCACUCACCGACUCGUUCUCCUCCGACGAGUUUCGCAUGUACGAGUUCAAAAUCCGGCGAUGCGCUCGAGGCCGAUCUCAUGAUUGGACGGAGUGUCCGUUUGCUCAUCCCGGAGAAAAAGCUCGCCGACGUGAUCCAAGGAAGUUUCAUUACGCCGGCACCGCUUGUCCUGAGUUUCGAAAAGGAAGUUGUAGAAGAGGUGAUUCGUGUGAGUUCGCUCAUGGAGUUUUCGAGUGUUGGCUUCAUCCUUCUCGUUAUCGUACUCAACCGUGUAAAGACGGAACGAGUUGCCGGAGAAGAAUCUGUUUCUUCGCUCAUACGACGGAGCAGUUACGUGUUUUACCUUGUUCGUUAGAUCCAGAUCUUGGAUUCUUCUCAUCGACUUCUCCGACUUCGAUUCUUGUUUCUCCUUCGUUUUCACCACCGUCGGAAUCUCCGCCGCUUUCUCCGAGUACCGGUGAACUUAUUGCGUCGAUGAGAAAAAUGCAAUUGAACGGAGGUGGUUCCUGGAGUUCUUCUCCGGUGAGAUCUGGAGUUAGGUUACCUUUUUCGUCGUCUUUGCGUCCGAUUCAGGCGCAGACGUGGCCGAGGAUAAGAGAGUUUGAGAUCGAAGAAGCUCCGGCGAUGGAGUUUGUGGAAUCUGGGAAAGAGCUGAGAGCGGAGAUGUAUGCAAGACUCAGUAGAGAGAACUCACUCGGUUGAGUCGACUCGGUCGAGUCUUUGAUGACGUGGCGACUCGGUCGAGUCUUUGAUGACGUGGCGACUCGAUCUGAUUUUUAUUUUUUUGUGAAUAUUGUGGUGAUUUUUCAGGUGUGUAGAUAAAUGACGUGGCGACUCGAUCUUUAGUGACGUUUCAACGGAUGAUGAAGAAAACAGCUAGGAGGAGAAUUGAGAGCUAUUCUUCUGGCUUUUUUCUCUGCAAUUUUUAAUAUUUCUUGUUUUUUAUUUUUGUUAUCGGCUUUACUUUGUUUGUUGUUUAUUAAUGUUAUAUCAUUUUGUAAUUAGUUCUCAAAUGUAUUUGGAUAAUUAUCUUUGUCUGAGAAAACAAUAUUUCAGUUGUUA